AUGCCUGGACCAAAGGCCACCAAGCUCGGCCACGCUCUGGCCAAGGGUUUUGGUAUCCGAGUCGAGCGGCCCAUCGCCUACCGGGACGAAGUUACUCGCGGCGAGUCUGUCUUCUCGUCCGACGAUUCUUGGGUCGAAGAGCCGCCGCACACCAUCGACUCCUUGAAAAGCCUGGCUCCCACGCGCAAGGAAACGACCGAUUACUUCAUCUCGCUUUUCCCCUUUUUGCAAUGGAUCACCCGCUACAAUUUGCAGUGGCUGAUCGGUGAUCUGGUUGCCGGUAUCACUGUCGGCGCCGUUGUCGUUCCCCAGGGCAUGUCGUACGCUACACUGGCGAACCUUGAACCCCAAUUUGGUCUGUACUCGUCGUUUAUGGGCGUCAUUGUCUACUGGUUCUUCGCUACGUCAAAGGACAUCACCAUUGGUCCCGUGGCCGUGAUGUCUCAGCUUGUUGGUAACAUCGUUCUCGAGGUCGGGAAGGAACUUCCUGAUGUCCCCCCUCACGUUAUUGCAUCCGCUUUGUCUGUCAUCGCAGGCGCCAUCGUUUUGUUCAUCGGUCUCAUUCGCUUCGGUUGGAUCGUGGAUUUGAUUUCCCUGACGGCGCUGUCUGCCUACAUGACGGGGUCAGCCAUCAGUAUUGCUGCUGGCCAGGUGCCGACCAUGCUGGGCGAGAGUGGCUUCAACACCCGUGCCCCAACGUACCAGGUCAUUGUCAACACUCUUAAGCACCUGCCGAGUUGCAAGAUUGAUGCUGCGAUGGGUCUAACUGCUCUCCUCCUGCUCUACCUCAUUCGCAUCGCUUGUAGCGUCAGCGCCAAGCGCUACCCUCGCAAACAGCGCAUCUUCUUCUUCCUUUCGACUUUGCGCACGGCUUUUGUCAUUCUCCUGUACACAAUGAUCAGCUGGCUGGUCAACCGUCACCGACGCACGAAGCCCCUAUUCAAGAUCCUGCAGAAUGUUCCGCGUGGCUUCCAGAAUGCCGCCGCCCCCGAGAUGAACACAACCAUCAUCAAGGGCUUCGUCAGCUACCUUCCGGUUACCGUCAUUGUACUCCUUAUGGAGCACAUUGCCAUCUCCAAGUCGUUCGGCCGUGUCAACAACUACACCAUCAACCCUUCGCAAGAGAUGGUGGCCAUUGGCAUCACUAAUGUUCUUGGCCCCUUCCUGGGUGGUUACCCUGCAACUGGCUCUUUCAGCCGGACUGCUAUCAAGUCGAAGGCCGGUGUGCGUACGCCCCUGGCUGGUGUGAUUACUGGCCUCGUUGUCCUCCUCGCCAUCUACGCGCUCCCGCCUGUUUUCUACUACAUCCCCAACGCAUCUCUGUCGGCCGUCAUCAUUCACGCCGUCGGUGAUCUGAUCACUCCGCCCAACACCGUCUAUCAGUUCUGGCGUGUCAGCCCCUUCGAGGUUGUCAUUUUCUUUGUCGGUGUGCUUGUCACAGUCUUCUCCAGCAUUGAGAAUGGUAUCUACAGUACCAUCUCCAUCUCCGCAGCGAUGCUUCUUUUCCGCAUCCUCAGGUCGAAGGGCAAACUCCUCGGCCGUGUCGAGGUCCACUCCGUCCUCGGCGACCAGGUUAUUGGCAAACACGACAACCAGGCUGUCGGCCCCUACGGCAGCAUCGGCGGUCUCGAAAACGAGCAUUCUGCCCGUAGCGUCUUCUUGCCACUCGACCACAGCGAUGGCUCCAACCCCAACGUUGAUCUGCAGACCCCGUACCCUGGUGUCUUUAUCUACCGCUUCGCGGAGGGCUUCACGUACCCCAACGCCGCGCACACACUCGAGAACCUUGUGGAUUACAUCUUUAAGAAUACUCGUCGCACCAACCUGAGUUCGUACCCGCGGCCAGGCGAUCGUCCUUGGAACGAUCCUGGCCCGAGUCGCAGUCAACUCAAGCGCAUUAAGGCGGGAACUCUGACCCUGGCCGAGGCCACUGGCGAAGAUGAGAGCAAGCCCACGCUGAAGGCUGUCAUCUUGGACUUCUCUUCUGUGAACUAUCUUGACAUUACCUCCGUGCAGACCCUGAUUGAUGUCCGCAACCAGCUCGACCGCUACGCGUCGCCCAACGUUGUUGACUGGCACAUUGCUUCCAUCAGCAACCGGUGGGCCAAGCGUGCUCUCGUGUCGGCUGGCUUUGGCUACCCAACUGAUGUCCAGGACGCGCCGAACAAGCGCUGGAAGGCUAUUUUCAGUGUUGCCGAGAUUGGAGGCCGUGACUCUGCCGCCGCCCAGGCUGAGCGCGAGGCAGCUGGGACGAUUCUUGGCACUGCCCCUGGCAGCAGCGGCAAGUCAGGCCCGGCUCUGGACAUUGAGGAAGCCAACAACAGCGAUUCAGUUGACGACGACCCAAAGACCAAGUCGCCCAAGUUCAAAGGUGUCACCGUGCAUGGUCUCAACCGUCCGCUGUUCCACGUUGAUCUUACCAGUGCCCUCCAGAGCGCCAUUGCCAACAUCGAGGCCCGCACUGCUCAGGAUGCUGAGGUGCGGCCGGAGUCCGUCAGCAAGGACAUUACAAAGGAAUAA